AUGACAGGUGAAGGUUCAAAAUUCGACCAGUUAUUGCAACGUUCGAUAGCGAAUUUGAAUAUUAUGGAACAAAUUGAUAAACAACAAACCGAACGUUUACACCGUUUGCCGACACAAUUGUCCACCGAAGCGACCGAACCAUUCAUACGUUCAUCCAGCAAGUUCAUGGCUAAACCAGAUAAGUACAAUGGAACUCAUGAUGAAAAUAUUGUUACUUGGUUAAUCUUAUUACAGGAAAUGAUGGCUUAUAACAUGAUUAAUGAUGGUGACCGAAUAUCAAUAGCAGUUAGUUAUUUAGGUGGAACUGCUCUACAGUGGUUUGCAGAUUUAACAUUACAAAAUCAACGACCAUCAUCAUGGGCUGAUUUUAAAGAAAAAAUAACAUCACGAUUUCAACCAGUCGAUUUUCAAGAACAUCUUCGAGAACAACUAUUACAACUACGACAGAAACAAUCGGUAGAAGAUUAUAUCCAGUCUUUUCGAAGUAUUGUUGAUCAGGUGCAUCACAUUGAUGAAUUAACACAAGUAAUGUUAUUCGUAAAUGGUUUAUCAUUGAAUACCGGUUUAUAUGUACGUUUGAAACAUCCAAAAACUGUUAAAGAAGCUAUACGUGAAGCAAGUACUUAUGAAAGUGUUAUGACCAUUCGUAAGGAUAAUCAUAUGAAAUAUAAUCCAUUUCUAUAA